CUGCUUUCAUAUUUAACUAUUCACUCUCUAGAAUUUUCUUUGUGGACGGCAUUUUCUUGCGCAGCAUCUCCAUGGGCAGGCAGCAAUGAUAUUUGCCGACAGGAAAAAAGGAUUGGCAAACCCAAAUCUAGCUCCGGUACUUCAAAACGGGCCUCGACUCGUGACUAGCUGGCUCCUGGGAACAAAGCUGGGUGAGAGGUGAGAUCGGAUUCACGGUCAUCUUAUUCUUGCGGUCAACGGCCCGAAUCUAAGUCAAAGUCGACUACUUUGAUCGGCAUGCUGCUUUUCCUUCUCUGAUCUCUCUUCUUUUAGACAGUAUAAAUGUCUGUGAGUGGAGAUAGUGUUAUAAUCAACAUAGAAGAUUUGGCCUGUUCAAUUGAAAAAAAGAUCUCCCAUGAUUUGCUUGUGCCACAGAAGAGCUGUAUCUUCAAGAUCCCCAAUAUACUCUACAGACAACAAGAAAAAGCUUUUAUCCCUGAUGCAUUUUCUUUUGGCCCUCUUCACCAUAGCCUUCCAAACCUAAAAUCUGUGGAGAAAAUUAAACUACAAUACUUGCAAUGUCUUGUUUCUCGAUUACACAAUUCAGGGGAAAGUAAGAAAAUGGUAAUAGAUUUGAUCAAAUCCAUCGAGGAAGUAGAGAAAGAGGCUCGUCAAUAUUAUGCUGAAUCGAUUGAAUACACUCCGGAAGAAUUCGUUAAAAUUUUGUUAAUUGAUGGUUGCUUUAUUAUUGAGCUAUUUCGCAAGGAUGCUUACGAGGCGCUUAGAGAAAAAGAAGACCCUAUUUUUUCCGUAUCUUGCAUGCUUCAAUUUCUAUACCACGACUUGAUAUUACUAGAAAACCAAGUUCCUUGGAUUGUACUCGAGCGCUUGUUCAACAUGACUAAACAACAAACCCACAACGAGUCUUUACUUCAACUUGCCAUUCAAUUUUUUGGGACAGCUUUUUCAGCCACACCACCUACUCAAAUCUUGCCUCUCAAAGAUGUCAAGCACAUUGUCGACCUACUGAGAAAAUGGUUGGUUUCAUCAACUAUAGAGGAAGAAAACAAUUCAGAUUAUUGGGAAGUUAUGCCUUCUGCUACAGGCCUCGUGGAGGCUGGAAUCAAAUUUGUGAAGGCUACAUCUGAAAAUAUAUUGAACAUAGAAUUUGAUGAUGGAGUCCUCAAAAUUCCUCCAUUACUAAUUCAAGAGACUACAGAAACAGUUUUUCGAAAUUUGAUCGCUUUUGAGCAAUGCUACACCGACUGUGAAGCAUGGUUGACUUCCUAUGCUAUACUUAUAGACAACCUCAUCAACACUAACAAGGAUGUGGACAUACUUUGUGAGAGUGGGAUUAUUCAUAGCUGGUCAAAUCGAAAGGAAACGGUUCAGUUCUUCAAUAAGCUCUACCACAAUACUUAUGUCAAAACUUUCUAUUAUGGAAGCCUAUGUAACAAAGUGAAUGGAUACUGCCAACGCAGAUGGCCUAGAUGGCGUGCAAUACUUGUGCACAAUUAUUUCAAUAGUCCUUGGGCUUUUCUUUCAACAUUGGCUGCUAUCAUCCUAUUAAUCCUCUCUUUCUUACAAACCAUGUAUACCAUGAAAAAGUAGCAAUGACAAUCUUAUCAGAACUUGUCGUGUAUUAAUCGGUCCCUUCUAUUUGUCCUCUUUUCGAGGUCAUUUGGGGAUAGAAAGAAAUAUUGUUUUCACUUUUAGGGAUGUCUUCUAAUGAUGUGUGAAAAAUGAAUCGAUUAAUGCAAAUGGGCAGAUGAUUUUGAAUUGUUUCAGUGAAA